AUGAAAUAUGGCAUAUCCGAGCAAGCUGGAGCUGUCAGUGGAGUGUUCAAUGCCUCCAAUGUGAUAAGGAUAUUUGACAAUAGAUUAGCUAUUGUCAAAUGUAUAAUGUUAACAGAGAUAGUUGUCGUGAGAAAGGAGGGCAACAAGAUUCAAUAUAACUUUAACACGGACAUUGAAGAUUCAGUCGUGCAAGCCAAGUGGGCUAUCACAAACAACAAAUCUGACUACGCUCUGGAGGUGUUAGAGGAAACUGCUAGUAAAUUGCACAAACGUAAAAAACUUAUCCGAAUUGCCGAUACGUCAGAAGGGGGCUGGGAAACGGUUCGACAAUACCAGGCGAAUCCUGUAGCCAGCGACAGUGACGAUGAAUCUAAGAUUUCCAAGGCGGAAAACCGUGCUCUCCGCAAACGCAAGCGAUUUCAAUCGAAAAAAAAAAAUCGCCGAACGACGCAACUGGGAAACGCACAUUAUUUCCCAGGCCUACUUCUACUGUUGGGAGUAUUGGGAGCGUUCCAUUUCCUCAAUGGGGUAUGCAGCCAUCAACGUCAGGUACCUUUUCGGGAGUCAACGGUUCUCUCGGGACGUCUAAUUUUCGUCCCUACACAAGGAAGACGUUUGGAAGUUGCUUCGCCUGCGGAGACUUCACGCACUACAGAAAAGAUUGUCCCUACAUGUCAGGUUCCUUCAACAAGCAGAGUCAAUCAGCCAUCGAUGUCACCCAGAACAGAAAAUGAGUCAUCAGUUUUGACAGAUGAGUAUUCUAUUUUUAGAUGUAAUUGUUAUGAUUUACACGGUGACAGUUUUACGCAUGAAUAUUUUGAGUAUAAACAGGGUCAAAAAGCAAUAAUUGUUAAAGAUAGGUUAAAACAGUGUUAUGAUUUUUGGCAUAGGAUUGGUGCUAAUGAUUUUAUACUGGAUACAAUCAAAAUGUUUCUCGGACGAAAUAGAAGAUUUACCAGAUGUUUUGGUCGAUAAGGUGACCUGGAUCCCAGAACUACUGAAGGAUGCUCGUGCCGACAGUACCACCAAAUGUUACAAUCGAGGUUUUAUUCG